AUGGACAACAGUGCGAUAGCCGUCGUGCUGCGGACGCCGGACCUCGUCAUUCACAUUGGUCGCUACCAGAAUGGGACGCCAGCCGCGCUCCUUGUCGCUCUCCGCGCCUGGAACCGGUCGCGUCACAUGGACCACGUGACCUUUCUGCGCCACUUGGCGCUGGACGAGCCCGGUCUGCCGCUCUUGCGGCUCCUGUGGCGCCACGACCCGAGCGUCUUUACGCCGCAGCUCAUGGACGCGGCGGCGCGCAUCGGCGCAUUAGCCGCCGUCCGCUUCUUCCACGACCAAGGCAUUGCGUGCACGGUGGAAGCCAUGGACCAGGCCGCAUGCUGGGGGCACAUGGACGUCCUCCGCUUCCUCCACGACCACCGGCGCGAGGGCUGCACGACCGGCGCAAUGGACUGGGCCUGUGCGUGGGGUCGCCUUGAUGUGCUCGAGUUCCUCCAGCAAGAGCGAACCGAAGGCUGCACCACCCGAGCGAUGGAUUGGGCGGCCGGCAAAGGGCACAUGGCCGUCGUCCAGUACCUCCAUACCCAUCGGUCCGAAGGGUGCACGUACCGCGCAAUGAACGCCGCGGCCGGCAAUGGCCACAUGGACAUUGUUCGUUUCCUGCAUGAGCACCGAACCGAGGGCUGCACCGGCGACGCCAUCGACCGCGCCGCGACGGCGGGCCACGAGAUGAUUGUGCGCUUCCUCUGCGAACACCGCACCGAAGGCUUCACGCGCUUUGCCAUCCCGCAGGCCGACGCCGGGGGGUUCCACGCCAUUGCCGACUACCUGCGCGCGCGGGCCUGA